AUGAAGCCAAACAAAAGACCUCUUCCGCGAACCGCAGAGGAAUUCCGCGAACGAGCCCUAGAAAUCGAUUGGGCACGUGGGACAAACCCAUAUUACCGUGACCUUAUCUCACGCCUAGAAGAAGAGGCUCAAGCGGAGCACAUGGGGCGCCAACUGGCUGGAACUGAAGAUGUGGCAAGCGAUAUUGAAACGGAUGUGGAAGAUGACGAGGACAAUGAAGUGAAUCGAGACAGUGGCGCUGAGGAGGACGACAUGAAAAUUGAUGAAGCACACCCGGUCACGGAAAAGGACACGAUUAUUUCACUAGAAAAUAACACAACUCUUGGUCAACAGCAUCGCAACAGCAUCAACGGCAUGGUUUUUGAAGAGAGUGAUGAAGAAGACGAUCUCACGUUUACACUAGGGGAAGGGGAUCUUGGAGACACGGGCAACAGUGGGAGAACAAGCUGGGAGUUGAGGAAAUCCACAGACAAGGAGAUGUUCACGGGAGAUGAGGAGAAGAUGUUGGCAAAAAUGGAUGAGGUAGAUGAGGAUGAAAGCUAUGAGAGCUCGGCUGAUGGAAUGUCUUUCGAUACACCUACUGAGGAAUAG